GUCAGAAAUUUCCAAGCGAAGCACCAAGUCGUACCACCACUAAUUCUUUUUUCGUAGCAGUUUUCAUUUAAAUUUAUUCUUUUAAAUAACUUUAUUGGCCGCUGCUUCAUCAAUUCGAAAAAAUGGCACCAACAAAAGGACGUGGAAGACCAAAGAAGGAUGCAUCCUCCGAAGCUAAGACUGAAGAAACCACAGUUGCCUCGCCAAAGACCGCGAAGAGCCCCAAAGUAGAAGCAUCUCCCGCACAAAAUGGUGCCAAGAAAGCUGGACGUGGUCGUCCUGCAGGCAAAGCUGCCGCCAAGCCUGCCGCAAAGGCCAAGAAAACCGAAGAACCAAAAGCAACGACUCCUUCGAAACGCAAGGCAGAAGAAGAACCAGAAUCUGCUCCAGCAGCAAAAUCACCAAAGACUGCCAAGGGAGGUCGUGGUCGUCCAAAGAAAGCUGAAGGAGCUGCCAAGAAGUCUACUGCCAAAUCGCCAGCCAAGGGUGCAAAACGCGGCAGAAAACCAGCUGCUGGUAAAUAAAUUUAAGAUGAAUCUUUUAUUUUUGAUUGCAUACAAAACAAAUCUUUUAUCGUCGAGAGAAAAAAACGAAAAUAGUUUCUACUAUUUUGCAUCGUAGCGUAUCAUUUUUCUUAUACAUUAUUAUAUUAUAAUUAAAUAUUCUAACAAGACUAGAUGUUAAGUUCUCGUACGAAUGACUAAUUUUUAAUUUAUAUAAGAGACGGAUAAAAAAAGUAAGAAAUCCAAACCAUUAAAUCCAUCAGUUGUAGUAAUUUAGCAUUGAAGAAGUAAUUUUAACAUAAAUUUUUUUGACAAAAACAAAAUAACCGUCUUUUCACUUACCUAAAAGAAAACCGAGAAAACGUACAGAAAAACUUUUUUAUGUGUUCGAUUAAAUGAGGUACUUACGACACACAUUUUUUCCCAUACAUACAAAGAAAAAAAAAACACACAAACACAUUCUUAGUACAAUUUUCAUGUCA